AUGGCACUAAAUGUCGAAAGGCGAGGUUCGAGUUGCCUGUUGUAAGUUUACUGAAUUUCAUUUUUAGACGGUGGAGCAGUCGCACUUGAAAGGAGGCAGAAAAAGAUGAAGUACUUCCAGCUGCCUACUAUCAUCCAACACCCGCAAGUCAUUGUGUCAGCCUGCAAAAACGUCUUCAGCAAUCUAGCACUGGAAGAUUGGAUCUACAAAAAUGUGAAGUUUGUAGAGAGCAAGUUAUCUCGUGUGAAACCGGAGCUCUUCAUGUUGUGGAGGAAUGACAAAUGCAUCGUUAUUGGCAGACAUCAAAAUGCCUGGGCAGAAGUAAAUGUCAGAAAAGCCGUUCAACACAAUGUGGAUGUUGCUAGGAGACGAAGUGGGGGUGGGACAGUCUACCAUGACCUCGGUAACCUCAACUUGACAUUCUUCACGACGAGAGGUUUCUACAACAGGAAAAGGAACUUGAAUUUUGUUGCUAGCCACUUGAGGAGAGAGUGGAAGUUGGACGUGGUCAUCAACUCUCGUGACGAUCUGAUUGUUAAUGAUACGUUUAAGAUAUCAGGAACAGCCGCGAAACUGGGCAGUGACAUUGCUUACCACCACUUCACACUCCUCGUCGAUGCGGACCUCCACAAUGUCGACAAGCUACUAAACAAGGACAAGGAAGGUUUGACCAGUAGAGCAACCACGAGCAUACCAUCUCCAGUCUUGAACCUCUGUGACCUUCGACCUACCUUGACCCCUGAAGCCCUCAUUGACUCCUUUGUCAAGGCUUAUACAUACGUUGAUGCUGAUACAAAAAACAUCUUAGUGGAUCCAACAGACAACUCAGCCUAUCCAUCCAUCAUUCAAAUGCACGAUGAGCUGAAGCAGUGGGGCUGGAUCUAUGGCCACACGCCGAAGUUCUCAAUAGACAGGCACUUUGCUUACCCCGGCAUCAUCUCCCCUGUACACGUCCAACUUCAAAUUGACAAAGGUUUAAUAAGCGACAUCCUGAUCGACGAAUCAUCGGAUGAAAAAUUCAACAGGAGGUACCUCCCCUACGUUGGCAGUGUCUCGAGGAAGCUGUCAGGACUGAGGUACUGGCUGAGUGAUCUGGAGAGGGUACUUCGGGAGAUGGACGCCAGAGGAGAGGACGACGAUGAUGAGUUGCUACUUUCUAGGUGGCUCGUUCGGAACCUCACUCAGACCUACUGAUUACUUACUUUUCUUGCCCUGAUCACUCCUUGUCUUCUAUUACUUAUUUUAUUGAUUAACUAAUUAAUUAAUUUAUUGAAAUAAAGAAUAAUAUACUUG